AUGGUGAGGGUGGCUACAUACUUCGCAAUGUCACUGGGCGCGUUCAUCUUCUGGCAGUCGAUGGACAAGGUUCACGUCUGGAUCGCGCUCCAUCAGGACGAGAAGGUGUCUUUCUCUCCCUCUUCCUGUCUUCGUCUCUUCGAUUUUGGCCUCGAACCACCUUCAAAUCUGGUUCCAUGAUUUCCAUGGGGCUUACGGUUGGGGAGAGUGAUAUAUGGAUUUCUCUCUAGAUCUCAGACCCCCGGCUGUGACCAUUUGUUUUCUCUUAGGGUUUCGACGAUUUUUCCAAUGUGUGUGUGUUGGGAAUCGUCUUUCAUGCGGGUUGGUAGCUUAAACCAGGCGCCAAAGACUCAAAAAAUCACAGCACACAUGCAAACCAGGCGACCGAUGACGAGUUCUGCUGGUGAACUUGGGAACUGGAGAUGCCACAUGCUUGAAGAACCGAUCAGUCGAGAUGGUUCAGAUAAUUUGCUGAAUUUUGAGAUUGAGGCCUUUAGCUUCUAGUGAUUGUGUGGAAUUUCGUCGUCUUUGGCACACAUUCUGGCAAACUAGGGUGCCUGUGUCUCAUAUGCUGUUCAUGAUAGCAAACGGAUCAAACUUUUCUUGGAGGCUUGCAUACCCAAGAGUCCGUUUCAUCGAUAACUCAUGCAUAGGAAAUAAAUAUUAUUCCUCAUGGGGAUGAUGUAGUCAUGUGAACUUGAAUGAAAAUACUGUCAGAACGGGUCUCCUCUGUUGGAAAUUAAUGCACCGUGCAAAUAAUCAAGAAAACUCCAUUACAUAUACCAUUCAGAAAGGCUAGAUGGAACCAGUCUUACGCCAAUCUAGAUUGCGAGUUUAGGGGUUGCAUUAAUAUAUUUAUCAGUUGUUUUGAUGACUAUUUCCCUUCGACGGCUAGCCUUGUAGGCGGCAGAAUGUUGGUUGUUGUUGACCCUCUGGGCUGCUAUAUGUUCCUAAAAGACGUCCAUCUCAUUUCUUGAACAAUGGGGGGACUGCUCCACCAUUUUUCCCUCGCCUCAAGGUUACGGUGAGGGAGCUAUUUUGGUGGCAGAAUUCUGCUUAAGGAAUGCUUUGAUCUACUGAAUUUUUUUCUUCUUGUUAUCCCCCAGAGGUACUUAUAUCCGAUGUCUCCUGCUGAAGAACUAAUCCUCAGUGCCCAUGACUACAUUCUAAUGUAAAGAUUAAAGCUAGAGUCCUCUGGAUUUCUUAUUCGUUGUUGUCUAGAAUCAUCUCUCUCAGCGAGGAACUGAUAGGAGAAAUUAAGAAAAUAAGGCAGCCUGUACUCUUACUUGAGGGAAAUUGCCAGCGAUUUGAUUUUCAUGAACGUGUCAUUGAUUGCAAACAGCGUUUUAUAUAUCACAAGUAGGGCAUUAAUUUUCAUCUGAAAAUUAUCUGCGUAUUAAAUGACUUGUUAUUUAUAAAAUUGUGUAUCUUUCGAAGAUCAUUUGAUAAGAUGAGUUAAAUUUACGAAAUUUUCAUAUAUUUUGGAUAAUAGCUUCAUGCUAUCAAUAUUAGUGCUCAUAAAAAUUUGAGUAUCUAUAAUUAACUUGUGCGACUCUCUUUACUUUCGGUCAAUACCCGCCUAUUCAAGUUGCUUUUCUUUUCAGGGAAUCGAGCUUGCUUUUCUGGCCUUUGGUGGCUGGAUCCAUUAAAAUCAUACAUUGAAAUGGUUUUACUGCUGUUUGUUUUAUUUUUGAGGAGCGAAGUGGCCACCCACGACCUUGGCUUUUUAGAGAAUCCCGCUCCUGUGUCGUAGGACUUGUAGCUCGGCAGUCCACCGGGGGGGUUUGUUUAUCCUUCCAGUUUCGAGUGUUUAUCAUUCAUGGACGCCUGGGUAUAACCAGAUUAAGCUCGCUAAAGAAGACCAAGAAAAGAUUCUUAGCUGGGGGAGUGGGGCAUACACAUCCUAUCCAAGAGAUUAUUUUCCAGCCUGUCCAUUUCUUUUCACGAGUGUUCAAAAUGCCCAAAGCAUUGCAGGGAAUAAUCAAUGCAAUGAUUGUCAAAAGGGUUAUCCAUUUGAUUCGUUGGAGGAUGGUGCGCUGAAGCAAAUCAGAUGGGAAGCAAAGCCCCAGGGGACGGAUCAAUCAGGUUUAGUUUUUGAAUGACGAGGAAGAUAAAAGUUGCUGGAGAUGCUGCUUAAGUUUAAUUUUUUUUUUAUAAUCUAUUGAAAAUGGUAUAAUGAGGAGGAGAAAUACUAAUAUGCCAAAUACUGAUAUGCACCUAGAAUAUGGCGUGAAAUAUUCGGUAGAUAAACAAUAGAGUUUCUUAAUUGAGAAAUGCAUGCUGUGGUAUCUCUCAGAGCCUCUGGUGAUAGAGGAGAGCUACUUAGAAAGUAACCCUAAAAGAGCCCUUUUUUUUUUUUUCUUCCACGGGUUGGAAAUUCAUCAACUGUAGUCUUCGUUUGCAUUUGAUCUUGCUGUUGCACCAAUAUUUGUGAUGUAUUUCUAGUUGUUCAUCUAUUUUUCGCCCCUACUCUUUCAGAAGGAAAGGCUGGAAAGGGAGAUGGAGAUCAAGCGGGUCAGAGAAGAACUACUGGCUCAACAUGCCUCGGAAGACUCACUUGCAUAA